AUGGAGGGUAAACAAUUCAAUAAUAGAAAAAUUUCAGUCCUUUUGAAUUCUAUAAGAUGUGCUGUUUUAAUGAUUGCUAUUAUUUUUGUAUUAUUUUUGGUAAGAUUAAAAAAAAAAAACAUAUAUAUAUAUAAGGUUAUGUCAUUUACAAAACUACAUUUAAGUAGCAGAUAUUCAAGGAAUUUAUUUGAGCUUUACAAAAGUGGAUACUAUUUUUUGAGAAGUAAUAAUAUACCUUCAAAUUCAGUACAUUCAGAAUCAGAAUUGAAUUAUGAUAUUUCCAAUAAUUUAGAAGACAGUAAUUAUAUAAUAGAAGACGAUUUAAAUAAUAUUGAUGAACUUACGUUACACGAAAAAUGUCAAGAAGUAUUCCAUUAUUUAACAGAAGAACAAAUUAAUGAAAUUAUUAAUUCAGUGAGUAAUAGUCAAUAUAAAACAGAAGCUCUUAAUACAUGGUUGCGAAUGCGUCAAAAUGACAAACAUAAAGUUGAUUAUUUAAAAAAUUACUUAUCAGCAUAUUUAGAAGAAUUAAAAGGUGAAUACAAUGUAAAUGAGGAGAAAGCACAGGAAGAAAUGAACAAGUUUAAAGUUACUAUAGAUUCAACGAUACGAGUAAUGGAGGAUUAUUACAGUAAACUUUUUCAUUAUUGUAUUAUAGAUGAACAAUUGCCUCAAACGGAAUAUGAUAAUUUUAUAAAUAAAAGUAGACUUUUUUCUAAUUUAUUUAUAAGGGAUCUACGCAUUACAGGAAAAAGCAAAUUAAAUAAUUGUAUAAUUUAUUCUAAUUGA